UCUCUCUCUCUUCUCUCUCUCCGAAAAUGGCGGCGAGAAAUGCCCUGCUAAAGUACCUGAGAGUGAAAGCAUAUUCCGUUCCGCCGCUUCAAAACCCUAGAGAAACCUCCGGCGGCUUGUCGCAGAUUUUCCGACGCCACUUCUCCGAAGAAGCUAAGGGCUCCUUCCUCGAGAAAUCCGAGGUCGCCGAUCGUGUCCUCUCCGUUGUGAAGAAUUUCCAGAAAGUUGAUCCUUCCAAGGUCACACCAAAUUCUCAUUUCCAGAAAGAUCUCGGUUUAGAUAGUUUAGACACUGUGGAAAUUGUGAUGGCUUUUGAAGAAGAGUUCGGUUUCGAGAUUCCAGACAAUGAAGCAGACAAGAUUAACUCCAUCAAUCUUGCAGUUGACUUCAUCGCAUCCCACCCUCAGGCAAAAUAGAGUAGCUGCGACUAGUUUUUUCUAAGGUUUUAAGUUUUAAGUAUCUCCAUAUUUGGAAAAAAAAUAAUAAUAUUUACUUGGUAUUUUAAAACUCGAGAUCUUGUUUAGCGUAACAUUCUUAUGGAUUCUUGUCAUAAUGUAUCUUGCAUUGGAAAGCUUUAUUGUUGUUUUUCUGCAAAUUAAGUAUGAUCGGAUGUAUUCAUUUAAGACUAAGGUGUUUUCCUUUUUUUUCAUCUUAUCUCUAAAUUACCGAA